AUGAAUGAGGACAAUCAUUCUUUGACAACUGAGUUUAUCCUCACAGGAUUUAUGGAUCAUCCAGAUCUGAAGCCCCUUCUGUUCAUGGUGUUCUUUAUAGUCUAUCUGGUCACCAUGGUGGGAAAUCUUGGUUUGGUUGCACUGAUUAUCAUGGAGCACCGUCUUCACACACCAAUGUACAUCUUUCUGGGCAACCUGGCACUGAUGGAUUCCUGCUGUUCUAGUGCCAUUACCCCAAAAAUGUUGGAGAACUUCUUUUCAAAAGACAGAAUUAUUUCUCUCAGUGAAUGCAUGGCACAAUUUUAUUUCUUCUGCUUUGCUGAAACUGCAGACUGCUUUCUCCUGGCUGUAAUGGCCUAUGAUCGCUAUGUGGCCAUAUGCUGUCCACUGCAGUACCAUACGAAGAUGUCAAAGCAAGUGUGCAUUUGGAUGAUCAUAGGAGUAUACAUAGCUGGGAACCUGCAUUCAAUGAUUCACGUGGGACUUCUGUUUAGAUUAACCUUCUGUAGAUCUCAUCAAAUCAACCACUUUUUUUGUGACAUUAUUCCAUUAUACAGACUGUCUUGUGUAGACCCUUACAUCAACGAAAUGAUGGUAGUUAUUUUUGGAGAGUCAAUUCAAAUCUUCACUGUUUCAAUAGUUUUAAUAUCUUAUCUUUGCAUCCUUUUCACAAUUUUCAAAAUGAAAUCCAGAGAGGGAAGAAGGAAAGCUUUAUCUACGUGUGCAUCUCACUUUUUCUCUAUCAUAAUAUUUUAUGGUUCUCUUCUUUUCAUGUACAUUUUGCCACAUUCAGUUAACAAAGGAGAAAAAGAUAUUCCAAUUGCUAUUUUUUAUACUCUGAUAAUUCCUUUAUUGAAUCCUUUUAUCUAUAGUCUACGAAAUAAGGAAGUAAUGAAUACUCUGACAAGAAUUAUAAAAAGAAAAUCUCACAACCUUACAGAAACAAUCUCAUCCCCAUGA